AUAAAGACUGAGAGGCACCAGCAGGACGGAGAGCACCAAUCUGGACAGAAGUGUGUUGACAGCUAUGGACUCAUCUGACAGUCAAAGGAAAAAAGUGGUUGUUAUCGGUGGUGGCUUGGUUGGAGCAUUGAAUGCGUGCUUUCUGGCAAAGAGGAAUUUCCAAGUUGAUGUUUACGAAGCUAGGGAAGAUAUUCGAGUGGCUGAGUUUGUGCGUGGAAGAAGCAUUAACUUGGCCCUUUCCUAUAGAGGACGACAGGCCUUGAAGGCCAUUGGCCUGGAAGAUCAGAUAGUCUCCAAAGGCGUGCCCAUGAGAGCUAGAAUGAUCCACUCUCUCUCAGGAAAGAAGUCAGCAAUUCCCUAUGGUACCACGUCUCAGUACAUCCUUUCAAUAAGCAGAGAAAAUUUAAACAAGGAUCUACUGACUGCUGUGGAGUCAUACCCUAACGCCAGCGUGCACUUUGGCCACAGGCUGUCAAAAUGCAGUCCCGAGGAAGGAAUGGUCACCGUCCUUGGGCCUGACAAAGUUCCCAAAGACAUCACUUGUGACCUUAUUGUAGGAUGUGAUGGAGCCUAUUCAACUGUCAGAGCCCACCUCAUGAAGACACCUCGCUUCAAUUACAGCCAGCAGUACAUUCCUCAUGGGUACAUGGAGUUGACAAUUCCACCUAAGAAUGGGGAGUAUGCCAUGGAACCUAAUUAUCUGCAUAUUUGGCCGAGAAAUGCCUUUAUGAUGAUUGCACUCCCUAACAUGGACAAAUCUUUCACCUGUACUUUGUUCAUGUCCUUUGAAGAGUUUGAAACACUUCCAACCAGUACUGAUGUGAUGGAAUUCUUCCAGAAGAACUUUCCGGAUGCUAUCCCUCUAAUGGGAGAGCAAGCCCUCAUUCGAGAUUUCUUUCUGUUGCCUGCCCAGCCCAUGAUAUCUGUAAAGUGCUCUCCUUUUCACCUGAAGUCACACUGUGUGCUGAUGGGAGAUGCAGCUCAUGCCAUCGUCCCAUUUUUUGGGCAAGGAAUGAAUGCAGGCUUUGAAGACUGCUUGGUAUUUGAUGAGUUAAUGGACAAAUUCAAUAAUGAUCUUAAUAUGUGUCUUCCUGAAUUCUCAAGAUUUAGGAUUCCAGAUGACCAUGCAAUUUCAGACCUAUCUAUGUACAACUACAUAGAGAUGCGAGCACAUGUCAACUCUCGGUGGUUCCUGUUUCAAAGGAUCAUAGAGAAAUUUCUCCACGCUAUUAUGCCAUCUACAUUUAUACCUCUCUAUACUAUGGUCGCCUUCACCAGAAUAAGAUAUCACGAGGCAGUACUGCGCUGGCAUUGGCAAAAAAAGGUGAUAAACAAGGGACUUUUUUUCCUUGGAUCUUUCAUAGCCCUCGGAGGUGCAUAUCUACUUGUGCACCACAUGUCCUGGAAACCUCUGGAAUACUUGCGAAGACCAGCAUGGACUGGAAUCACCGGCUUCUGGACUAGGAGCAUGGGCCUGGUUCCUUGCACGUUGCACUGAGUCACUGGAACAGAUUCUCUGUUUCACUAAACGGUGAUAGAAAGGCCCUAGGUAGCAAAUAUUUGAUUUCUUGGUAACCAAAAUCAAUGAUGAAAAGCACAUUUCCACCACCAACAUAUGUAAUUCACUGCUGGAAAAUAAUUGUCAGCGUAUAAUUCA